GAGGAGCAGAUCAAGGUACACUACCACACCUGUAGCUGCAGCACCUUACAGUGAGAAGAGGAAGAGUAGAGUCAGGUGAGACUCCAUUUAGUGAGACCAGAAGAGAGGAAGAGGAGGAAACUGAAGGCUGAGCAGGACUGACUUCAGAUCAGAAGAUGAGUGAUUUGGAGGAAGAGGAGGACGGAGCAGAGUCUGUAGUAUCUGGCUGUCAGUCUAUGAAGAGUGACCGGUCCAAUGAUAAACCUCUGACCUUCAGUAAAGAACCUGGACCCUCAGACACAAAACUGACUUCAGAUCAGAAGAUGAGUGAUUUGGAGGAAGAGGAGGACGGAGCAGAGUCUGUAGUAUCUGGCUGUCAGUCUAUGAAGAGUGACCGGUCCGUAGGACAACCUCUGAACUUCAGUAAAGAACCUGGACCCUCAGACACAAAAGUCCAGAACAACAGACAGAGAGCAGAGUCUGGAGUAUCUGGCUGUCAGUCUAUGAAGAGUGACUGGUCCAAAGGUCAACCUCUAUACUUCAGUAAAGAACCUGGACCCUCAGACACAAAAGAGAAGAGGAGUGAUGUUUCUGAGGAGGAGCUGUCCAGAACCAGAACCAGAACCAGAACUGGACUGCAGACAGCCAGUCAGAGCAGCUCUGAAAAAAUGUACGUUGUUAAACAUAAACAUAAGAUCAGAGUGAAGGAGACAUUUGAACGUGUGACUGAAGGAGCUGAUCAAACAGGAAGUAGAACCCUCCUCAACAGGAUCUUCACUGCGCUCUACAUCACAGAUGAACUGAGUGAAGAAGUUAAUACCCAACAUGAGGUGAGGCAGCUCGAGACAGCUUCCAAGAUGGAGACCCUCCAUGACUCUCCAAUCAAGUGCAGCGACAUCUUUAAAGCCUUACCUGACCAACAGAAACACAUCAGAGUCGUUAUGAUGAUCGGCGUCGCUGGCGUUGGAAAAACCUUCUCAGUGCAGAAGUUCUGUCUGGACUGGGCCGAGGGUUUGGAGAACCAAGAUGUGGAUCUGGUGAUUCCUCUUUCCUUCAGGGAGCUGAACUUGAUCAAAGAUGAGCAGUACAGUCUUUUGGAGCUGCUCCGUGUUUUCCAUCCAACAUUACAGGAGGUCACAGCAGAGCAGCUCGCUGGCUCUAAAGUUCUCUUCAUCUUUGACGGCCUGGAUGAAAGCAGACUUUACCUGGAUUUCAACAACAAUGAGGCUGUUUCUGAUGUCACACAGAAGUCAUCAGUCAACGUGCUGUUGACAAACCUCAUCCAGGGGAAGCUGCUUCCCUCGGCUCUCGUCUGGAUAACUUCCCGACCUGCAGCAGCCAAUCAGAUCCCUCCUGCGUGUGUUGACAGGGUAACAGAAGUACGAGGCUUCACUGACGACCAGAAGGAGGAGUACUUCAGGAAGAGAGUCAGUGAUGAAGAGCUGUCCAGCAGAAUCAUCUCCCACAUCAAGACCUCCAGGAGCCUCCACAUCAUGUGUCUGAUCCCAGUCUUCUGCUGGAUCACUGCUACAGUUCUGGACCACAUGUUGACUACAGACCAGAGAGGAGAGCUGCCCAAGACCCUGACUGACAUGUACUCACACUUCCUGCUGGUUCAGACAAAGAGAAAGAAACUCAAGUAUGCUGAGGGACAUGAGACGAGUCCACAGGAGCUGACGGAGGCUGACAGGGAAGUUCUUCUGAAGCUGGGGAGGCUGGCGUUUGAACAGCUGAAGAAAGGAAACAUCAUGUUCUACCAAGAAGACCUGGAGCGCUGUGGUCUGGAUGUCACAGAGGCCUCGCUGUACUCAGGAGUUUGUUCAGAGAUCUUCAAAAGAGAGAGUGUGAUCUUCCAGAAAACAGUCUACUGCUUCGUCCAUCUGAGCGUUCAGGAGUUUCUGGCUGCAGUCUACCUGUUCCACUGUUACACCAACAGGAACACACAGGUACUGGAGGACUUCCUGGGAAAAGGCUGGGACUGUGACAACAGUGACCUGAAAGAUGGCAAUGAUGGUGACAGUGAACAGGACUUCCUGGGACCAGACUCAAACGCCUCAAAAAAACCCGUCCCAAAGUCUUUUCUCAAGAAUAUUUUUAAGUCUUUUGGGAAUAAAGAUAGCUAUGAUGAAAGUGACAAUGAUCAUUACCCAUCUCUGGAUGUCUUCCUGAAUAGAGCCAUGGAGAAAUCCCUUGAAAGUAAAAAUGGCCACCUGGAUCUGUUUGUCCGCUUCCUUCAUGGCCUCUCUCUGAAGUCCAACCAGAGACUCUUAGGAGGCCUGCUGGGUCAGACAGACAACAGUCCAGAAAUCAUCCAGAGAGCCAUCAACAACCUGAAGGAGAUGAACAGUGAUGGGAUCUCUCCUGACAGAAGCAUCAACAUCUUCCACUGUCUGACGGAGAUGAACGACCACUCAGUCCAUCAGGAGAUCCAAGAGUUCCUGAAGUCAAAAAAGAGAUCAGAGAAGGAACUCUCUGUGAUCCACUGCUCAGCUUUGUCCUACAUGCUGCAGAUGUCAGAGGAGGUUCUGGAUGAGUUGGACCUGGAGAAGUACAAUACAUCACAGGAGGGAAAACUGAGACUGGUUCCAGCUGUGAGGAACUGCAGAAAGGCUACAUUGAGGAGCUGUGGUUUGUCAGAGAUCAGCUGUGCUCCUCUUGCCUCAGCUCUGAAGUCCAACCCCUCCCAUCUGAAAGAGCUGAAUCUGAGAGACAACGAGAACCUGAAGGAUUCAGGAGUGAAGCUGCUGUGUGCUGGAUUGGAGAGUCCAAACUGUAGACUGGAGACUCUGAGAUUGGAGAGCUGCGGUUUGUCAGAGAUCAGCUGUGCUGCUCUGGCCUCAGCUCUGAAGUCCAACCCCUCCCAUCUGAAAGAGCUGGACCUGACUAGAAACUACGACCUGAAGGAUUCAGGAGUGAAGCAGCUGUGUGCUGGAUUGAAGAGUCCAAACUGUAGACUGGAGACUCUGAGAUUGGAGAGCUGCUGGUUGUCAGAGAUCAGCUGUGCUGCUCUGGCCUCAGCUCUGAAGUCCAACCCCUCCCAUCUGAAAGAGCUGAACCUGAGAGACAAUAAGAACCUGAAGGAUUCAGGAGUGAAGCAGCUGUGUGCUGGAUUGGAGAGUCCAAACUGUAGACUGGAGACUCUGAGAUUGUGGAGUUGCGGUUUGUCAGAGAUCAGCUGUGCUGCUCUGGUCUCAGCUCUGAAGUCCAACCCCUCCCAUCUGAUGCAGCUGUACCUGGGUAACAACAAGGAGCUGAAGGAUUCAGGAGUGAAGCUGCUGUGUGGUUUUCUGGAAAGACCAAACUGUGGACUGGUGACUCUGAGUUUGAGAUACUGCGGUUUGUCAAAGAUCAGCUGUGCUGCUCUGGUCUCAGCUCUGAAGUCCAACCCCUCCCAUCUGAAAGAGCUGGACCUGAGUGGCAACAACGAGCUGAAGGAUUCAGGAGUGAAGCUGCUGUGUGGUUUUCUGGAAAGACCAAACUGUAGACUGGAGACUCUGGGAUUGUAUUACUGCGGUUUGUCAGAGAUCAGCUGUGCUGCUCUGGUCUCAGCUCUGAAGUCCAACCCCUCCCAUCUGAAAGAGCUGGAGCUGAGGGACAACUACCUGAAGGAGUCAGACGUGAAGCAGCUGUGUGAUCUGAAGGAGAGUCCAGACUGUAGACUGGAGACUCUGAGAUGGAGGUGAUCUCUGUCAGACUGAUCAGGAGGAGGAUGUUGGAGGACCAGCUGAGUCCUGAUGAGGAGAGA